CGGCGGCCAAGCGCAAGUUCGCGGAUUCCCUCAACGAGUUCAAGUUCCGCUGCAUCGGAGACGCUGAAACGGAUGAUGAGAUCUGCAUAGCCAAGUCUCUGCAGGAGUUUGCCACCGUUCUGAGGAACCUGGAGGACGAGCGGAUGCGCAUGAUCGAGAACGCCAGCGAGGUGCUGAUCACGCCGCUGGAGAAGUUCCGCAAGGAGCAGAUCGGGGCGGCCAAGGAUGCCAAAAAGAAAUAUGACAAGGAGACAGAGAAGUAUUGUGGUGUCCUAGAAAAGCACUUAAACUUGUCUUCAAAGAAGAAAGAAUCCCAGCUUCAGGAGGCAGACAGCCAGGUGGACCUGGUCCGGCAGCAUUUCUACGAAGUUUCCCUGGAGUAUGUCUUCAAGGUGCAGGAGGUCCAGGAGAGGAAGAUGUUUGAGUUCGUGGAACCACUGCUGGCCUUUCUGCAGGGCCUUUUCACUUUCUACCACCACGGCUAUGAGCUCGCAAAGGACUUCAGCGAUUUCAAGACCGAGCUGACAAUCAGCAUCCAGAAUACAAGGAAUCGUUUUGAAGGAACGAGGUCAGAGGUUGAAUCUUUGAUGAAGAAGAUGAAGGAGAAUCCUCACGAGCACAAAAACAUCAGCCCUUACACAAUGGAGGGUUAUCUCUACGUGCAAGAGAAACGUCACUUUGGGACGUCCUGGGUGAAGCAUUACUGCACAUACCAGAGGGAAUCGAAGCGGAUCACGAUGGUGCCAUUUGACCAGAAGUCUGGAGGAAAAGGGGGAGAAGAUGAAGCUGUUAUCCUCAAAUCCUGCACACGGCGGAAAACUGACUCGAUUGAGAAGAGGUUUUGCUUUGAUGUGGAAGCUGUGGACCGGCCUGGUGUGAUCACCAUGCAGGCGCUCUCGGAAGAGGACCGGAGGCUGUGGAUGGAGGCGAUGGACGGCCGGGAGCCGGUCUACAACUCGAACAAGGACAACCAAAGUGAAGGCACUGCCCAGUUGGAUAACAUUGGCUUCAGCAUUAUCAAGAAGUGCAUACAUGCUGUCGAAACAAGAGGGAUCAAUGAGCAAGGGCUCUACAGAAUCGUUGGAGUCAACUCUAGAGUUCAAAAGCUGUUGAGUAUAUUAAUGGAUCCCAAAACAGCCACAGAAACAGAGACAGACAUCUGUGCGGAGUGGGAGAUAAAGACCAUUACUAGUGCACUGAAAACCUACCUGAGAAUGCUGCCAGGGCCACUCAUGAUGUACCAGUUUCAAAGGAGCUUCAUCAAAGCAGCAAAACUGGAGAAUCAAGAGUCAAGAGUGUCAGAGAUCCACAGCCUCGUGCAUCGGCUCCCGGAGAAAAACAGGCAGAUGCUGCACUUGCUCAUGAACCACUUGGCAAAAGUUGCAAAUAAUCACAAGCAGAACCUGAUGACUGUUGCUAAUCUGGGUGUGGUGUUUGGGCCAACACUGCUUCGACCUCAAGAGGAAACAGUUGCUGCCAUUAUGGACAUCAAAUUUCAGAACAUUGUGAUUGAAAUUUUAAUAGAAAACCACGAGAAGAUAUUUAACACGGUGCCAGAGACUCCGCCGUCGAACUCGCAGCUGCUGCUACACACCGCCCAGCCCAGCGAGACACAGGAGAACAGGAACAGCAUUAUCAACUCCAGCCUGGAAUCCGUCAUCUCUUCAAAUGCAAACAGCUUCCUCAACUCCAACAGUGCUCCCCAGCCCAGCCUGAACUCAAGUGAUCUUGAACUAGAAGUAAUUAAACCCAACAGGCCAAAUUCACUCCCUCAGAAUCCAAGCCCAACGUCACCCCUCUCACCGUCCUGGCCCAUGUUCUCCGCGCCAUCCAGCCCUAUGCCCACCUCCUCCACGUCCAGCGACUCAUCCCCCAUCAGCUCCCCGCUGCGGAAGGCCCGGGCUCUGUACGCCUGCAAAGCAGAACACGACUCGGAGCUCUCCUUCACGGCAGGCACCGUGUUUGAGAAUGUUCAUCCAUCCCAGGAGCCUGGCUGGCUGGAAGGGACCCUCAAUGGAAAGACAGGAUUAAUCCCUGAGAACUACGUGGAGUUCCUAUAA